AAAGCGCCCUUUCCACAUGCUGGUCGGAAAGUAGCAGGGCUGCUCAGAGCCUGUUGCUGUAACUCUGCCCGCGGAGCCUGGCUGCUGCCCCAGCUCCGUGGUCUCGCCCACCUCUCUCCCGGGGCUCACCAAUGCUGCCCGCGUUUGGCAUCUGCGAGCAGCUCGCUGCAGACAGAGACUGAGCAAAGGGGACGCAGAAGAGGAGCCAGGGGAGUUUCUGCUGUCUGAGAGGAGGUGGAAGAAGCAGGGAGCAUGGCCAGCGACUCCAGCACGCUCCCCCGGGUGACUUUCCAGACACCAGAGAAACCUGAAGAGGAAUCAUCCCACAGGAAACUGGGCAAGCUGACCAUCAAGUACAACCGCAAAGACCUUCAGCGCUGGCUAGAGCUGGAGGAAUGGAUCAAUGCGCAGCUGCAGGAGCUCUACCAGUACCAGCUAACAGAAGAAACAGAAGCAGCAGCUCCCGAACCGGAAAUUGAUCUUGAAGAUCUCCUGGAGGUUCCUAAUGAAGAACAGAAAUUAAAACUGCAGGAAAUCCUUCAAGAGUGCUCCAGCCCAACAGAGGACUUCAUUACAGAAUUGCUCAGUCGAUUGAAAGGUCUCCGGAGGGUCACCAAUCCUCAGAAGAAAUGACCCUGUCCAGACGGGAGAUCCAACACCAAUCAGCCGAAAACAUGAAUCUUCCCAGCAAAAACAGAGCAUGAGGAAGAUCACUUCCUCAUUUUAGGACCUACUGCUAUUGAGAAGCAUCAAGUUUAUGAAUUAUGUACCAGUGUUUUUGAGUCUUGACUCCUUCCCAAUCUACGUGGCAAGGGGCAGAAUUACCUGUUUUCUUGAUUCCUAAAAGGCACGUCAACCUGGGGAAUGGGACAAGAUAUCCCUUUUUUGUUUUUUUUCCCCUCCCCUCCUCUUCCUCCUAGGAAUUCCCAUUCUGCCUGAGAAGCACUGAAUACAUGUCUCCAAAGCUCAUUGAGACUUUUUUUUUUCCCAUUCACUGCAAUGAAAAUAAGGCAUUGGUUAUUGCUCCUUUGGCAACAUGGAAAACAAGUUCUUGUUAAGCUGCACUCUGUUUUAGUCUACGCUGGGAUCCAGCUGUGACUUCUGGCCUGUUACUGCUGUAUCCAACUCUACAGCACUGCACAUCCUUUCUACUUUGUUUUUAUUAAGCCUUUGUUAUUCAUAAAGGUUGGACAGAAAAAUAUACGGUAGGAUGGGAAAAAAGCUGUUGAGUUUAUCUGGUCCAUACUUAAAGGGGAGAUGACAAAAUAGCUGCUAAGGUAAUGAAAGAUUGAUUUUCCUCUUUGUGUGGAAUUCAGGAUCUCUUGAUGACUUAGAAGAUGCUUCUAAAGGAAGAAGUUCUGGAAAUGCUU